AUGAUAAGGGGAAAGUGGGAAAGAGCCCAAACCCCUUGGAAUUGGAAAAACUUUACGAGGGAGUUUAAUGAGAAAUUUCUUCCGCCUCUGAUCCAAGAGAAGCGGGAGGAUGAGUUCAUCAAAUUAAGACAAGGAACUCUUAGUGUAGCCGAAUAUGAAGGGAAGUUCACUAAAUUUUCUAAGUACGCUCCCGAAUUGGUGACUAAUGAGCGGAAAAGGAUAAUGUGCUUCGUGCAAGGGCUUAAUGUGGAGAUUUGGGAGGGCUUGGCUGCAGCCCAAAUUUCUACAUUUACUGAAGUUUUGGAGAAAGCGCAGAGAGUUGAGAGCGCAGGUGAGAAGCCGUAUAAGCAUCUGCAGGAGUUUGAUGUUGUGUGCAAUAGUAUGAAACCCCCGGAAAUCAUAGAAGAGCAAAUAAAAAUGCGGACAUUCCCUUUCUCAUUGAAAGACUCUGCAAAGGACUGGCUAGAUAGGAGCAUAAUUGAUGCUGCAAGUGGAGGGGCAUUAGUGAACAAAACCCCUCGGGAAGCAUGGGAACUAAUUGAGGGAAUGGCAGAGAAUUCGCAACAAUUUGGUACGAGGGAAGAUAUCUCGAUAUGCAAGGUGAAUGAGAUAGAGACAUCCUCUAUCCAGCAGCAGCUGACAGAGUUAACCUUGUUUGUUAGACAACUGGCUGUAGGGAACGCAUCUCAGGCCAAGGUGUGUGGGAUUUGCACUGGUAUGGGUCAUUCAACAGACAUGUGCCCAAUGAUCCAAGAAGAAAAUGUGGAGCAAGUGAACAUGGCUGGUUACACGCCCGCGCCAAGAAAUCAAUAUGACCCAUAUUCGAACACCUACAAUCCUGGUUGGAGGGACCACCCCAACCUCAGCUAUGGAGGGAACAGGCAGUCCAAUUUCAUACCAAAUAGGCAGCAAGGAUACCAGCAGCAGUACCAACCCCGACCACCUCCACCACCGAGCUCUAGCCCAUCUUUGGAGGAGAUGAUGAAGCAAUUUAUAGCUACCACCGCGCAACGUCAGCAAAAGACGGAUUCCGAAAUACAGGACAUAAGAAGUCAGAUAAGUCAGAUGGCAAUAUCAAUCAACCGUCUGGAGUCUCAAGUAAACAGAAGAUUGCCAUCCCAACCUGAACUGAACCUAAAGAACGUAAGUGCAAUGACUUUAAGGAGCGGGAAGAAAAUUCAGGGGCCCGAACUCGUGACUCCAAAGGAUAAGGACGAAGAGAAGAUUGAGAAAGAACUUGAGGCAGAGAAUACAAGCAUAAAAAAUCCAGCGGUACUCCCUGACCCGAUUAUAGAUGUUAAAACUAACCCCCCUCUAUUUUCUAGCAGGUUGGAGAAACCGAAGAAGCAGGACCAGGAGAAAGAGAUCCUGGAGGUGCUUCGCAAGAUAGAGAUCAACAUUCCCCUACUAGACGCAAUCAAACAAGUGCCAAAGUAUGUAAAAUUUUUGAGAGAUUUAUGCGUCAAUCAAAGAAGGUUAAGGGGAGAUGAAAGGGUCAUCGUGGGGGAGAAUAUGUCAGCGAUUUUACAAAGAUGCCAGGUAGGUUUACUGUCCCAUGUAGGAUAG